ACAGUAAGAAACCAAGAUGCUCCAUAGGGAAAGGAUCCCUGCCCAGGACAAAUGAUGGAGCACCACGGAUAAGGGUUCCCCGCUGAAGGGUGAGACAUGCGGUAGGAGCCAGCGCUUCCCACCAAAGAGCGAGACCCGGUCGUUGCCGCACAGCCCAGGGCGCCGCAGGAGGGGCAGGACAUGCACCGCAUUGGCUGCCUCCUCUCGGGACUCCUCUUCAUCCUCAGUGUGACUAGCACGGACAGCUUUGCCUGGGCAGGCCGCAGAGUCUGUGCCGCGGCGCCGCGGAACCGGGUGGCCACCUACUCCGAGUCCCACGUCCAGCCCGUCUACCAGCCCUACCUCACCACCUGCCAGGGCCACCGCCUCUGCAGCACCUACAGGACCAUCUACAGGGUUGCCUACCGGCAGGCGUACAGGCAGCUGCCCCAGCUCGCGGCCUCGUGCUGUCCCGGCUGGAGCAGAGCUAACAGCCACACGCUGAGCUGCAACAGAGCUCUCUGCUGGGUGCCAUGCCAGAACGGCGGGAGGUGCGCCUUCCCCGGCAGAUGCGCCUGCCUGCCCGGCUGGACGGGGCGAGCCUGCCAGACAGACGUGGACGAGUGUGCCGGCCAGAGCCACGGGUGCGGUCAGCUCUGCAUCAACACGGCCGGGAGCUACCGCUGCGCCUGCCGGGACGGCUUCAGCCUCGCUGCUGAUGACAAGGCGUGCCAGCCCCUGGUGCCAGCCCCCGAGCCAGAAACCUUCAGCCAAGCAGGUCCCCCCAGUGAAAUGAAGGAAGAGAUGAAAGACCUGAAGAGCAGAGUGGAAGCGCUGGAGCAGAAACUCCAGUUGGUGCUGGCCCCCUUCCACAACCUCAUGCCAUCUGCGCCGGAGGAUGUUGGCGCAGACCCCAUCAGCCGGCUGUCCCACUCCCUCCAGCAACUGGACAGAAUCGACUCCCUGAGCGAGCAGAUCUCCUUCCUCGAGGAGCGGCUAGAGACGUGUUCCUGCAAGAAUGAACUCUAGCCGGGCGCCCGAGGAAUUGGAGCAAGCUGAGUGCAUCCGCAGCUCUUAUCCCAUUCUCCAGCCCGAGGCUGGGGACAAAGCCACAUCAUCUAGAGGAAGGCACAGGGUAGCAGAAGGCGGCUGGUUUCCCAUCAGCAUCUCCAUCAUUUUCUCUUCCAACUCACCUUAUCAAAGGUCACGCAGUUACUUCCAAACUGGACUCCAAGCCCUCAGCAUCUCACCCCCUUCCUGCUGGAGCGGCAGAAAAUAAAUGCCUUGCCUCGUGCAGUUAGUGCCUGUCUGGCUGUGCCAGAGAGACUGGCUGGACGUGAAGCUGUGUGGUGUUUAGCUUUGCCUGGCUU